AUGGCAUUCUAUUUAUUCAUCUGCCAUUUCUAUAUAUUGUUCUUUGGUUUUGCUAACAGUUGGCGUUACUAUUUCAGAAGCGUGUAUACUGCAAGCCUCGACGGGACUAUAAUAAGAUGGAAUUUGCAAAAUUUGGCCGAAGAUAGAAAGAAAAUAAAUCUUAAAACUGCUAUCACAUCCAUUAAAAUAUUCAAAGACAGACUAAUAUGUGGAGGCUUUUCAAGUCUACUCAUAUGUGAUCUAAAUGCAACUUUACUUAAGACAUUGACUAUAACUGAGGACGGUGGCGUGACGGAAAUAAGUUGUUUCCACGUUCUUGAAAACGGUGAGGUGUGGGCUGGCACAAGACAUGAUGGCAAGAUACACGUAUUUGAUAUUUCCACAGGGCAUGUGAAACAUGUUAUAUCUAUUCCAAAUUGCCGAGGAAUCAGUAGUAUUAAUGUAUUUGAUGACAAGAUCUGGGCUGGUUUAAAACACGGCGAAAUUUAUAUAUAUUCUGUAAAAGAUUACAGCAUUUGGAAACAAUUACAGGGACAUGAAGAUGCAGUUAAAGUUUUGUAUAACAUCAGAGAAAGUAACGACGUUUUGCACAGUUACAUGAUCUCCGGCGCAGGCAGCAGAGAUGGUCGUGUCUGUGUAUGGAAUGCUACUGAAGAGACGCUGUAACAUUCACGUGUCUUUUUGUGACUUAAAUAUACUGAUCACGUGCCGCCACGUGACCACGUGAUACCGUGAUGUAUCUUACAAGAGUGUUGAAAAGAACAUCUAAAAGAGCGUCCGGGCCGAUGGUUAAGGUCGUUGACUUCAAACCACUUUCUCCUCGACGCUGUGUGUUCGAAUCCCUACUGGGACUUUGGAUUCUUUCAUGUCAGGAACCUAUCCAGCUUGAUUACGAACGUCAGUAAAGCUGGAACGUCGCCAAAUGACCUAUACUGUGUCGGUGUGACGUAAAACCCAAUCAAACAAACAACUAAAAUAUAUUAAAUUGCUGAUGAGUAUUAAUGACUUGAGAUAUUUUUUUUAUCUCAAUCAACAAGCAAAGUGUCUGUAUUUUUAUUAUUAUCAAUAUAGAUCUGACAAAUUUUGUUCAUCAGAUUUUGAUAUGAUUCGCGUUGUUCGUUACAUGCAUUUUUCGUUAUAUAAGUACUGAGCAAUAUUUAUGUACCAUAAUAUAGACAUAUAAAAUAUAGCAGCCAUUCUCACAAACCAAUAUUAAGAUUUAACUCAUGAUAAGUUUUAAGUUUUAAGUUUUGUGUGAAAAUAGAAAUAUCGUAAGAUUUCUUCUACUAUAAAUUUAUCAUUAGAUUUUAGCAAAAAUGGCUGCAAAAUGCUGCAUAUUUUUUAUGGUUGUCAAUGUCUGUAAAAGUGGUAUGUUUCAUAUUUUAGCAGAGAUGCUCUAUUUUUUAAGAUGAAAUAAGUGGAUUUAUGUCAUUUGGCAUACAUACUGGUAACUUCAAUAUGAGGUAACA